UUUUCCAUUUCCCUUUCUCCUACUGUCGUCCAUUUUUACCUUAUUUCGUAACUGCUAUUUAUUUUAAUCCAUAGCCCAGUCAAAAAUAUAAUCUGGUGCUAGCCUUUCACACAUAUCCCGAUUCCCCCACUCGAACCAAUUCAACUCAAUUCAAAACAAAUUAAAAGAGAGCAAAGCAUGGCUGCAAACAAGAGAGACACGAUCCUUCGCCCAUUGAAGCUUGCCGAGGUAGAGUGCAUCCCUGUGCUGGGAUCAGACAGCGUCGUGUGCGGAUUCCACCUGUCCGACUAUAUGUGGACGGACAUAUUCAGCAACCUGGCGCCAGCAUCGACGUAUGUGCUGAUCACCGACACGAACCUAGCAAAGCUGUACCUCAGCACGCACCAGGAGAGCUUCGCUGUUGCCUGGGCGCACUUGCGGCCGAAUAAGCCAGCGCCGCGGCUUCUGGUGCAUGUGCUGCCGCCUGGCGAGACGAGCAAGUCGCGGGCGACCAAGAGCGCGAUCGAGGACUGGAUGCUGGCCGCCAAGUGCACGCGCGACACCAUGGUGCUGGCGCUGGGCGGUGGAGUGAUCGGCGACCUUGUCGGGUACGUGGCGGCGACGUUUAUGCGCGGUGUGUCGUUUGUGCAGAUCCCGACGUCGUUGCUGGCCAUGGUGGACUCGUCCAUUGGCGGAAAGACCGCAGUCGACACGCCGGCGGGCAAGAACCUGGUGGGGGCGUUCUGGCAGCCAAAGCGGAUAUUCAUGGACAUGUCUGUGCUGAGCACGCUACCUGCGCGCGAGUUCUCCAACGGCAUGGCCGAGGUCGUCAAGACCGCGGCUAUCUGGUCGCCCGAGGAGUUUGAGGUGCUGGAGGCCAGCGCCGACGAAGUGCGUUUGGCCGUGCUUGAGGGCCAGCGCCACCAGGGCGUCGAUGACGGGCUGACCGUGGCGUCGCGGUCGCCGGCGCAGCAAAUGCUGCUGCGUGUUAUUGCUGCUUCUGCACGUGUCAAGGCGUACGUGGUAACGCACGACGAGCGCGAGUCGGGCAUGCGUGGGCUGCUCAACUUUGGCCACACCAUCGGCCACGGCAUCGAGGCUAUUCUGUCGCCGCAGGUGCUGCACGGUGAGUGCGUGGCUGUGGGCUGCGUGCUGGAGGCCGAGGUUGCACGGCGCCUAGGCCACCUGGGUGAGGUCAGCGUGGCGCGUCUGACACGAUGCCUGCGCGCGUACGGGCUGCCUACGGCCAUUGACGACCCGCUGAUCCGCAAGCUUGUGGGCGACCAGCGUCUGGCUGAGGUGCGGCCCAAGCGGCUGAUGGACGUGAUGAGCCUGGAUAAGAAGAACGUCGGCGCACAGAAGCGCAUUGUGGUGCUGAGCCGGCUCGGCCAGACACUGGAGAUGAAGCCGACGAACGUACCUGACGCGCUGAUCGAGGAGGUCAUUUCGGUCGGCGUGCGCGUGAGCCCAGUCGCCGAGACGGCCGCGUCCGCUGUGGUUGUCACGCCGCCAGGCAGCAAGUCGAUCUCGAACCGCGCACUGCUGCUAGCGGCGCUGGCCACCGGCGAGUGCCGCGUGCGCAACCUGCUGCAUUCGGACGACACGCAGGUGAUGCUGGCGGCACUGCAGGCCAUGGGCGGCUGCACUUUCUCGUGGGAGGACAACGGAGACACAUUGGUCGUCUGCGGCGGCGGCGGCCGCCUGAGCAUGCCGCCCACCGAGCUGUUCCUGGGCAACGCCGGCACAGCCGCUCGCUUCCUGGCAACGACCGCCAACCUUAUCGACGCGCAGAGCGGCAGCACAGUGCUGACCGGCAACGCGCGCAUGAAGCAGCGCCCUACUGGGCCUCUGGUCGAUGCACUGCGCACCAACGGCUGCUCGAUCGACUACUGUGAGCGCGAGGGAUCGUUGCCGCUGCGCGUUGCGCACUCGGGCAAGGGUCUGCCCGGUGGUCGCAUCCAGCUGGCUGCGUCGGUCAGCUCGCAAUACGUGUCAUCGAUCCUGCUAUGCGCACCGUAUGCACAGCAGCCCGUGCACCUGGAGUUGGUGGGCGGCAAGGUUAUCUCGCAGCCAUACAUCGACAUGACGAUCGCAAUGAUGGCGCAGUUCGGCUGCCGCGUUGAGCGCAUUUCCGAGAAUGAGUACAUUAUUCCCUGCUGCACCUACGCCAGCCCCGCCGAGUACGUCGUCGAGAGCGACGCUAGCUCGGCAACGUACCCGCUGGCCUUUGCCGCGAUCACAGGCACCACGUGCACCGUACCCAACAUUGGCUCGGCGUCGCUGCAGGGCGACGCGCGCUUUGCCGUUGACGUUCUGCGGCCCAUGGGCUGUGAGGUCGAGCAGACAGCAACGUCGACGACGGUGCGCGGCCCGCCACGCGGUACGCUGCGCGCGUUGAGCGACAUUGACAUGGAGCCGAUGACCGAUGCGUUCCUGACGGCCUCGGUGCUGGCGGCUGUCGCGCCUGGCGGCGAGGGCGUCUCGCGUAUCCGCGGAAUCGCCAACCAGCACGUCAAGGAGUGCGACCGCAUUGCCGCCAUGUGCGACGAAUUAGCCAAGUUUGGUGUGCGCACCGAAAACCAUGCCGAUGGCAUAGACGUGUAUGGCAAGCCGAUCGCCGAGCUGGGCACUGCCACGCCGUCUGUCCACUGCUACGACGACCACCGCGUAGCCAUGAGCUUCUCGGUCCUGGCGUGCGUUGCGCCCGGCGGUGCCGAGAUCCGCGAGCGCCGCUGCGUCGGAAAGACCUGGCCGCAGUGGUGGGACGUGCUUGCGCGCGACCUGGGCGCACCGACCGCUGGCGCCGACCCCGAGCCUGAGGCGCACGAGCCCGCAGCCACAGCGCACGCGGCGCCAACGUCCAACCCCAGCACCGUUGUCAUCGGCAUGCGCGGCGUCGGCAAAACCACGCUGGGCCAGGCCGCAGCGCGCGCCCUGGGCCUGCAGUUCCUCGAUAUGGACGCGCACCUCGAGGCUGAGGUCGGCAGCACGAUUCCCAAGAUUGUCAACGGGUCGGGCUGGGCCACCUUCCGCCAGCAUGAGAGCCGGCUGCUGGCGCAGGUGCUGACGUCGACGCACCCGACUGGCACACUGGUUGUCUGCGGCGGCGGCGUCGUCGACGAGGAGGCCAACCGCCGCGUGCUGCAGCAGUACAUGGCCAGCUCUGGCGCUGCCGUCGUGUGCCUGAAGCCCAACAUGCAGCACGUGGCUGCGUAUCUCAGCCGCGACACCUCGCGCCCGUCGUACGCCAUCACGUCUGAUAUCAACGACGUGUAUGCGCGCCGUCUGCCACUGUACGCCGAGAGCUGCAACUAUGAGUUCCUGGUCGACAAGGCGCUGCUUGCCGCGACCAGCGACUAUGACGAAGAGCAUCCGGGUGCCUGGGCCGUCAUUGAGCGCGACUUUGUGCGCCUGCUGCGCUUCGCCACAGGCCGCAACCUCAACCGCAUCGACCUCUCUCGCCCCUCAGCGUUUGUCUCGUUGACUGCUCCUGACGUGCGCGAGUACUUGCCGGCCGCGCUGCCGCAGCUGACCGCCGGCUCGCAGGCCAUCGAGCUGCGCGCCGAUCUGCUGCUGCGCAGCGAGCAGUUUGCCGAGUCUGACCUGGCCGACCAGGGCACUGCCGACGCCUUUGUGCACUAUGUGCAUCGCCAGUUCACGCUGCUCCGUCACACGUCGUCCUUGCCUGUGGUCUUCACUGUGCGCACCGUGCCGCAGGGCGGCGUUUUCCCGGCUGACGCGACGGCGCUGCGCAAGCGCCUGUUGCUGAGCGCCGUGCAGUGGGGAUCCGAGUAUGUCGACGUCGAGGUUGAUGAGGCCGCACCAGCCGUCUAUUCCGCGCGCCAGAACUCGCUCAUCGUUGCCUCCUACCACGACACCACCGGCAAGGUCCUGCGCUGGGCCGACUGCGAGUUUGCCAACGAGAUUCUUGCACGCGCGCGUGCGGUCGGCGACAUUGCUAAGCUGAUUUCAGUGGCCACUCGCUGGGAGGACAACCUCGACUGCCGCAGCUUUGUUCAGCGCAACCACUCGCUCGAGAAGCCGCUGAUUGCACUGAACAUGGGCUACCUUGGCCAGAUGUCGCGCGUCCUGUGCCCGUGCCUGACCCCCGUCACCCAUCCGCUGCUAACCGCUGUUGCCGCGCCGGGCCAGAUCAGCGUCGCGCAGAUCAAUCAGGCACGCUCGCUCGCUGGCUUGCUCCCGCCCCAGCGCUUCUUCCUGUUUGGCACGCCCAUCGCCCAGUCGCCCAGCCCUGCCAUGCACAAUGCGGCCUUUGCCGCGCUCGGCCUGCCGCACACCUACGCGCUCAAGGAGACUGCCACUGUCGAUGAGCUUGCUUCGGUCGUGAGUAGCCCUGACUUUGGCGGUGCCUCGGUGACCAUCCCGCACAAGCAGAGCAUCAUCCCGCUGCUGCAGUCCCUGACGCCCGCGGCCCUGCGUAUUGGCGCCGUUAACACUGUCAUUCCGGUUAAGGGCACCGACGGCAAGCGCACGUUGCUCGGCGACAACACCGACUACCUGGGUAUUGUCGGCUGUCUGCGCCAGGCGCAGAUCGACGGCAACGUGCCCGCCUUCUCCGAGGCCUCCGCACUGGUCAUUGGUGCUGGUGGCACGGCGCGUGCUGCGCUCUACGCCCUGUACGCGCUGGGUAUCCGCCGUGUAGUCAUCUUUAACCGCACGAUGGCGCGCGCAGAAGCUCUGGCUGGCGAGUUUGCCGAGCUUUUUGAUUCGCUGGAGGCCAUUGAGCAGCUCCAGGAUGCAGCGAAGGAGGCGCAGCUGACUUUUAUUGUCGGCACUAUUCCUGGCAGCGACCUUCUUAUUCCUGAGGCCCUGUUUGCUCAGCCUGCUGGUGUGGCUUUGGAUAUGGCGUAUAAGCCUCGUUGGACCCCUCUUCUGGAGGCUGCGCGCAAGCGCCAGUGGAACAUUGUCCAUGGCGUCGCUGUGCUUAUUGAGCAGGGCGUACACCAGCUGGAGAAAUGGGCUCACACAACUGCUCCCAUCAAGAUCAUGAGCGACGCUGUGUAUGCGAAAUACAACAGCGAGUUCUAAUAUAAGAAAUGGCGAAUAUAAUACUUUUUUAU